CUUUGGUAUUAAACACUGAUGUCUUCUCAAAUAAGAAGGAGUUCUCGGCUCAAAGCUAAAGAAUCAAGCUCAGUCGAUACUAAAAACGAGGAGAAUGACAUCGAAAAGGACAGCAGUGUGGAUCUAGACUCGCUAGUUUCAAAGACUUUUGAGUUUAUGGUCUCUAAACUGCGACAAAAAUCUGAAAGCGUUGACUUGUCGAAAGAUGAUUUUAUUGCAAUAAACGACAAAGCAGUGGAAAUGACAGCACUACAUAACACUCAACAUCAACUGAAGCUGGCAUCAGAGCUUCUACCUGAUCAACAAAUACCUGAAUUAUACCUUAAUUUGGAUAAUAAAUUGUCCAACCUUAAGCAGCCUCAUAGUAAAACAGAUGAACUAGACAAGUUGAUGGAAAGGAGUGUUAUUACAGCAGAUUUUGCAAAGCGACACACAGCACCACCGSUGUAUGUGUCAGAAAAGACAAAAAGGAAACAAAUUAAGGUUGCCAGGCAACAGUCAGCUGGUCCAAACUGGUUCAACUUACCUGCAACUGAAAUGACGCCUGAGAUUGAACAAGACUUAAAGAUAUUGAAAUUGAGGAAUGUAUUAGAUAGGAAAAGACAUUACAAGAAAAAUGACUCCAAAACCCUACCAAAAUACUUCCAAGUUGGAACAGUUGUUGAAGGGGCUGCUGACUUUUACUCGUCUCGUUUAUCUAAACGAGACAGGAAGAGCACUAUCGUCGACGAGUUGCUGGCUGACACAGAAUUUAGAAGGGAUUCAUACGUGAGAAGGGUUUGUCGUACGACUUCCAUAUAUGGUUGUGCAUGUAUGGCGCUGAUGUGCACAUAGAAGGCGCUGAUGUCCCAAUUACGUGGAGAAGAACUUAGAAAAUUUCAAAGACCUAAACCUAAACCGAAAAGAAAUUUUUGAAGAACGAGUACUAAGAUUCGAACCAGCGCUAUGUAUUGCCUAACCCGAUAUUUUCCCUAAACCUAACCAUUAAGCCACGAGACCAAUUCGCUUGAGUGAACCUGAAUUUUUGUGAUAUUUAUGCAACGGCAUGCAUGAAUAACCACGCAUAUGUACAUAAGAUUGAAUAUAUAAUUAAUGAACCAUCUAUAGGGACAUGAGAGCCUUCUAUAGGUACAUCAGAGACACGCAUAUGGUCAUCCAUAUAUGGAAGUCGUACGACAACCUCUACUCUCAUACGUAACAACACAGUUCACUCAGCCACACCUGUGCACCAUAUUGGUAGUGCUUUACAAAAGCGCACGCAAUUUAUUCAAUAAUUUGACUAUACCCACCCAAUUUUACAGCUUUUUAGCUUUACAAUGAUGAUAAACACAAGCACGGGCGAUAGUAGAAAUAGAAAGUUAUUUUAAUAUAUUGAAAGCAAGAACAAUGCGAGUGACAAAGUUUGUAUUGAAAUUCUCAUUAAAGUUGAAAGAACGUUUUCACGAGGGAAAAAUACCUUGAUUUUGCUUUAAAUAAACACAUUUAAAGAAAAACACUCCAUUCACCUUCUCCAGGAAUUUCGUCCACCAGAGACUUGAAAAUAUGAGGUUCCCGUAAGGUCAAAAAUGGUUAAAAACUCGACGAGACGGUAGCCAUUCACGAAGGUUCGGAACUACAACGUCGAACGAUCCGUGCGAUGCAAUUUUUAUUUUAAAAAUGACUUCAUUUCUGAAAUUACUAGAAGUAAUAUAUUCACUCAGUGCUGCUUUUAUUCACGGUCGAAAGUAAAUUUUCUUGCUAAAUGACGCUGAAGUUGGGCAAAUAGCAGCACUGUUUAAAUUUUCACAUACAAAAGCAAGCAUUAGCAAAGGGUAAUAUAUUGAUAAAACAAAUUGCUACUAUAAAAAUCUAAGAUGACUAGAACACUUAUAUUUCAGUUAAAAAAAGAAAGAAAGAAAGAAAGAAAAAAAAAAGAAUUUCUCAGAAGUGCUCCAGUCGAGGAUCGAACCUUGGAACUCUGGAUUAUGUGUCCCUCGGGAAUGCUAAACUGCGACGCGAAAAAAAAACUUUAAAUAAUAUGUAAAAACACUUUUAAGUAAUAUGUAAAAUAUGAGCGGGAGACCUUUAUUGGCAUUUAAAACUACGAGCUGCAAGUCGACUGACAACUGUACUAGCACAAGUUUUAAGGUUCUCGAUAUUAUAAAGGCUUGGUAGCACUGCUGUUAGUCGAUGUAUUUUUUAAAUUCUUUUACUGAAACAUAAAGCCUAAUUGCAGCGCUAUUGUCGCACGACAAUCCUCACUUUGCUAUCGCACAACUUAAAUCGUACGUAUAAACUGCCUUGUUGCAGCGAUUGAAAAUCGCCAUUAAGUUGUAGCUAAAUUUCAAGCAUGUUCGAAACUCAGAGGAAGGUCGCGCGACGAUCGCAAAUGUAAACGAGCCUAUACAAUGUAAUAGUCUCCUUCACGGUUACCUGCGCCAUCUUGAAAGGUAGCCGUGCCUUGUCAUCGAAGCAAGACAACCGU